AUGGGCAGAUUCAGAAGUCAGAAGAAGAAUUUGUUAAAAAACAAAGUGGCAGUUUCCGUGACGAAAUUAAAAGUCAUGAAAAAAGCGGCACGGCAGAAGAAAGCUGAGAAGAGCACAGAUGGCGAGGAUGUGGCGAUGAUCGAAGAAAUUCCAGUAGUUCCGGGGCUCUCUGUUGCUUCGGCGAAAAAAUUGGCGGCCGGAGAACUCAAGAAUGUUCCAAAAGUUAAUGAGCAGAAGAUUUUUAGAAAGACGAAUCUGCCAGUGAGAGAAAAAGGAAAAGUUCUUGAUGCUCCAUCUGGAAAGAAAUCGGUCACCGCUCAGUUCAUCACAAAAAAGAAGGCGAAAAAGCUUCACAAGAAAAUGACACACAGAGUCCGAGAGGAGUUCAGGAAGCUGCAAGAAGCUGGAAUGGAGUUGCCAGUUGAUGACGACGCCAUGGAAGAUUAA